AUGCUCCGCCGCGCCGCCGUCGUCGCUGCUCGUCAAGUGCCGUCGCUGCCGUACGAUGUCCCACGCAACACCCGCGGCUCGAUGCCCGUCUUCACCGACAUCCGCAACGCAGGCACCCGUCACCUCACCCUUAUUCGCAAUGUCCAGGGAGACCUCGCCGCGCUCGCAAAAGACCUCGCCACUACCCUCCAUCCCCCAGGCUCACCCGAAGCGAAGCGCAUGAAGACCACAAUCAUCCGCUCCCAGCACAUCGUCCUCUCCGGGGGGCUCUGGAAAACAAAAGUCAUGCGUUGGCUCGCCGAGCGCGGUUUCUAG